UGUUGACAGGCGCCCGAGCAGUAAAACCGUGGUUUGUGUAGCUCAGGACUGAUUCAUUGACUUCGCGGGCAGAAAGAAACACAGAAGAAGUCCAAGAUCUGCAAAAGGUGUGGUCUAACCCUCCGCUGAUUGAGAUUCAACACUUUUGACAGCCAGAAACUCUUUUUUACCUCAGCUAAAUUCUACUACGUCCAGUCAUGGUGGAUAAAAUAGCCUCCGUGGGACGCAUGCUGCUGCGUCGCCGGGUUCUAGACUGCUCGGGGGAGGAGACCCGCUUUGCCCGCUGCUUGUCCACACUUGACCUGGUAGCCCUGGGAGUGGGGUCCACGCUCGGAGCCGGGGUGUACGUUUUAGCAGGAGAAGUGGCAAGAGAGAAAGCAGGACCUGCUAUUGUACUCUGCUUCCUGGUGGCAGCCCUCUCGUCUAUGCUGGCAGGGCUUUGCUAUGCAGAGUUUGGAGCUCGAGUCCCUAAGACAGGCUCGGCAUACCUGUACAGCUACGUUACAGUGGGAGAAAUCUGGGCCUUCAUCACUGGCUGGAAUCUCAUUCUCUCCUAUGUCAUUGGUACAGCCAGUGUGGCUCGAGCUUGGAGUUCCACCUUUGAUAACCUGGUAGAGCAGAAGAUUUCCAGCUUCUUCAAAUCUGCCAUGGCCAUAAAGGUUCCAGGCAAUGUGCUUGCUGAGUAUCCAGACCUGUUCGCCCUCAUUCUCAUCCUUCUGCUGAGUGGACUCCUUGCAUUUGGUGUGAGCGAAUCUGCACUGGUGAACAAGAUCUUCACUGGGGUCAACCUGGUGGUUCUGGGCUUUGUCAUCAUCUCUGGUUUUGUGAAGGGCAAUACAGAAAACUGGAACCUCACUCUCAAUGAUUUUAUAAAUGAUACCAACAUCACUACACCAGAGGUGGUGGAAAAAUCAUUUGGCACUGGAGGCUUCGCACCAUUUGGCUUCAGUGGCAUCCUGUCUGGUGCUGCCACCUGUUUCUAUGCCUUUGUGGGUUUCGACUGCAUUGCCACCACAAGUGAGGAAGCUAAGAAUCCAAUGCGGUCCAUUCCAGUGGGGAUUGUGGCAUCUCUGCUCAUCUGCUUCUUUGCUUAUUUUGGUGUGUCUGCUGCUCUCACGCUCAUGAUGCCCUAUUACAAGCUCAACACUCAGAGCCCUCUGCCUGAGGCCUUCAGUUAUGUUGGUUGGGCCCCAGCCCGUUAUAUUGUGGCUGUUGGUUCGCUCUGCGCCCUUUCUACCAGUCUUUUGGGCUCCAUGUUCCCGAUGCCACGAGUGAUCUAUGCCAUGGCGGAGGACGGGCUGCUGUUUCGUGCACUCUCCAGAAUGAAUAAGCGCACCAAAACUCCACUGCUGGCCACUGUGGCGUCUGGCUUUGUAGCAGCACUUAUGGCCUUCCUUUUCGACCUGGCAGCCCUGGUUGACCUCAUGUCUAUCGGAACCUUACUGGCAUACUCUCUGGUCGCUGUGUGUGUGCUCAUUCUCAGGUACCAGCCAGGCACCCUGAACUGCUCCAGUCAGAGUGAGAAGCUGGUGGAGCUGGUGGGUGGAGAGAAGGUGGCUGUUUCUGGAGACAGUGGAGAUGAAUAUGGCCUGGAUUCAGAGGAUCAUAUUCCGAGGGAGAAGUUUUCUGCCAAACUGCUCUUGGUUCCCUCCAGGGACGUUCCAACCAAGAUGUCUGGAACCAUUGUCUAUGCCACAACAGCUAUUAUAUCGGUGCUGAUUACUUUGCUGUGUGUGGUGCUGGCUGUGAAUCUAGAAGAGCUGAUGUCUGGCCAUCCCAUAUGGUUGACUGUGUGUGUCAUUCUGGCAUUGCUCUGCUUCUUCUGUGUCAUCGUCAUCUGGAGGCAGCCUGAGAGCAAGGAGGCUCUCACCUUCAAGGUGCCUUUGCUGCCUUGGCUGCCUCUGUUCAGUAUUUUUGUCAACAUCUACCUCAUGAUGCAGCUGGACCUGGCCACAUGGUGUCGAUUUGCAGUGUGGAUGGCCAUUGGCUUCCUGAUCUACUUCUGUUACGGCAUCAGGAACAGCACUGAGGCUUUAAACAGUGCCCAGCGAAAAUACGGCGCCAGCACCAAGACUAAAAGCCCGAUCUACUUAGGAGGUGAUGAGAGUGAGGUAGAGGGAAUUUCUCCCUGAUGAAGACUUCUGAUAUCAUCUCUGCUCCAUGAAGUACUACAGCUCCUUAGUGAAGACUACAAAUUCAGUGUGAAGAAUCUAAAAGUCUACAAGAUCCUUGCUUUAUAGGACAUUUCUCCAAAGAUUUAUUCGAAUUAAAUUCAACUAGAUUGCACUCAUUUAUAAAACUGAUGUAGAAAAACUGAAUUCACUACAAAACUCACAUGAGACAUUUUAUAUAUUACAUGACAUUGUUUAGCCUGUGCUCAUGCUCUUGCAUUACGCAUCGUGCAAUUCAAGUUCACAAAAUAUUGGUUUAUGUGUGCUGUAGGUUUUGGAGCUGCAGUACUCAUCAGUACUGUAGAAACCUGUGUCUGGUAAACAGUGAGCAAAGUGUGAACAGGGUAUUUGUGUUGAGUGUUCGUGGCGAUUGUUUCUUAUUUUUCUAAUCUCGCCAUAAUCACAUUGUCAGCUAGGACCAAGGCCUUUUCAGUUCAAAGCUGCUACAAAGUCCAAAAUGGAUUCCAUCCCACCCCGUGGUUGCUGUGAGUAAAGCUGUGUGACGUUACAGUGUCCUCUUGUGGCUGAUAUACAGACAGCAGCUGAAACUCAUUGCAGACAACAGUGCAAACCAUACCAGUGGCAGAAAUCAGUGUUUGGGCAUUGCAUGUUCAAUUAAAAGAAAAAAAAGAGAAAGUUUAAGAUGUUUUUGGCAUAUUGAUGUUGAACAUGCAGAGAAUUAGCAGUGACGUUUCUUAGGCCUGUGUGUUUGCAGUUCAUUUAGUAUUAAACCAUUUUAUUCUGCAUUUUGUUUCAUAUUUCUUAUGAAAAAUUGACAAACCAGCAUUCGGUAACUGCAACAAUCAGGACUAUUAAUGUGAUGAAUUAGUACUGUAGUAUGAGUGGGCAGUGAUGUGUAAAUGUAUGCAUGCAUGCGUGAGAGAGAGAGAAUGAAAGAGAGUGUGUGUGUGUGUGUGUGUGUGAAUGUUCAGCACUGGGAGAAUGUCCUUCUAGGUUGUUAAUUAUCCUAUUAGGUUGUUAAUUAUCUGCUGUUAUAUGUUUUAUUCUGCUGUCAUUAAUGCCCCUUUUCACCAAAUAGUGAAGUGUCUACCACAACAGAGUUACUCUGUAACAGGAUGCCUAGAACGGUUACAGAAACAACAGUCAAAAGCCAAAAUACAGUACUGAGAUCUUUAAACAUCCGUUUUAAAGCCUUAUGGACUGAAAACCAAUAGACACAGUGCUGCAUGUGAUUAUGCUGCCCCCUGUUAUAUGAAUUGCUCCACCGUAGGGACCAUGCUGUAAGAAUAUGCUGUUUGUUUUACUCCCUUUCUCAUUAUUUUGCUUAAAAAACUGAAGAAUGACUGUCAGUCAGUUGUUCGAAUAAAUUUUAAAGCAAAAAUCCCAAAUGAAUUGGCUAUAAAUGGCCUUUGUAUCAUAUCUCAUGGUAUAGAUACUUGUGGUUUCCAUUGAAACUUGUUUUAUUUUGUUUUUGUUUUGUUUUUUAUUCAUUCUUUUUUGUAGAAUUAUUGUUCUGUAGUUGAGUGAUAGUGUACUAUUGUAUAUACAUAUUAUAAAUAUUAAACUAUGAUAUUGUAACAGUUGAGCUUUCUUUACCUUUUGUUUGUUUAGAUUUGUUUUUGUUUGUUGAGUACUUAUUAAUAUUUUAAUAAUUAUUCUUCUCACUUGGUUAGAAAUGUAUUUUUGUAUAGCUUUACCAUUUUUUUUUGUGUGUGUACAAAAAUACAGAAUAGUUUUGUUUACAUGUUCUGUACAUGUAAAGUGUCCAGAGAUACGUUUGUGUCUGCUUCCAGGUGUUACGCUUCCCAACAGUGGUUUGUUUUUCAUUUGGAGUCAUUUCGACUGUGACUCCAAUAGAACAGUGCCUGAAGUUCAGAAUUACCCUCAAAGACCCGAAUGUGGCUGGAAAAGUCCUUCCAAGCCUCAUGCCUUUGAGAUUCCUCUUUAGAACUGUUGCUUAGAUGUUCUUUUUUUACAGUACAUGCUGUACCUUUAAUAUAAACUGUAUUUUUGUUUGUCACUGGAUUUUGUACACUGUAAAUAUCUACAUGCCAUGUCAAAUGGAGCUGUAUUUUAAAUGUUCUCUUUUUUAAAAUAAAAUCAUUAUGUUUAAAUGA